AUGUCAGCAAUACAGGCCACCUGGCCAUCUGGUACAGAAUGUAUUGCCAAGUACAACUUCCAUGGCACUGCUGAGCAGGACCUUCCCUUCUGCAAGGGAGAUGUGCUCACCAUUGUGGCCGUCACCAAGGACCCCAACUGGUACAAAGCCAAGAACAAGGUGGGCCGUGAGGGCAUCAUUCCAGCCAACUAUGUCCAAAAGCGGGAGGGCGUGAAGGUCGGCACCAAACUUAGCCUCAUGCCUUGGUUCCAUGGCAAGAUCACACGGGAGCAGGCAGAACGGCUUCUCUGCCCACCAGAGACAGGCCUGUUCCUCGUGCGGGAGAGCACCAACUACCCUGGUGACUACACGCUGUGCGUGAGUUGCGAUGGCAAGGUGGAGCACUACCGUAUCAUGUACCACGCCAGCAAGCUCAGCAUCGAUGAGGAGGUGUACUUCGAGAACCUCAUGCAGCUGGUGGAGCACUAUACCUCAGAUGCAGAUGGACUCUGCACUCGGCUCAUCAAGCCAAAGGUCAUGGAGGGCACAGUGGCAGCCCAGGAUGAGUUCUUCCGCAGUGGUUGGGCGCUGAAUAUGAAGGACCUAAAGCUGCUGCAGACCAUUGGGAAGGGGGAGUUUGGAGAUGUGAUGCUGGGCGAUUACCGAGGGAACAAAGUUGCUGUCAAAUGCAUUAAGAACGAUGCCACUGCCCAGGCCUUCCUGGCUGAAGCCUCAGUCAUGACGCAACUUCGGCAUAGCAACCUGGUACAGCUUCUGGGCGUGAUUGUGGAAGAGAAGGGUGGACUCUACAUCGUCACCGAGUACAUGGCCAAGGGGAGCUUGGUGGACUAUCUUCGGUCACGGGGUCGGUCGGUGCUGGGCGGAGACUGUCUCCUCAAGUUCUCACUAGACGUGUGUGAGGCUAUGGAAUACCUGGAAGGCAACAACUUUGUGCAUCGGGACCUGGCCGCCCGAAAUGUGCUGGUGUCCGAGGACAACGUGGCCAAGGUCAGCGACUUCGGCCUCACCAAGGAGGCCUCCAGCACCCAGGACACGGGCAAGCUGCCAGUCAAGUGGACAGCCCCUGAAGCCCUGAGAGAGAAGAAAUUCUCCACCAAGUCUGAUGUGUGGAGUUUCGGAAUUCUUCUCUGGGAAAUCUACUCCUUUGGGCGAGUGCCUUAUCCAAGAAUUCCCCUGAAGGACGUCGUCCCUCGGGUGGAGAAGGGCUACAAGAUGGAUGCCCCUGACGGCUGCCCGGCGGCAGUCUACGAGGUGAUGAAGAACUGCUGGCAGCUGGACGCCGCCACACGGCCCUCCUUCCUGCAGCUCCGAGAGCAGCUCGAGCGCAUCAAAACCCAUGAGCUGCACCUGUGA